AUGUCGCCGUUUAACCUAGAAACCUGCGCGCGACCCAACAUCUUGGCACUCCAGCCAUACCGCUGUGCCCGAGAUGACUACAAAGACGACGGCACCAAUGUCCUCCUCGACGCCAACGAGAAUGCCUACGGACCAUCUCUCGACUCAACCGACGUCAAGGGAUCUACCCUCGGCGGCCUCGACCCCCUCGGCCUUCACAGAUACCCGGAUCCUCACCAACCGGAACUGAAGCAACUGCUGUGCAACCUGCGCAACACCCACGCCCACACACCCAAGACCAUCACCCCGGACAACCUAUUCGUCGGUGUAGGCAGCGACGAAGCCAUUGACGCCCUGCUACGCUGUUUCUGCGUCCCCGGCAAGGACCGCAUCCUCACAUGUCCCCCAACAUACGGCAUGUACUCCGUGUCCGCGCAAGUCAACGACAUCGACAUCGUCAAAGUGCCUCUCAACGCAGCGCCCGAAUUCUCCCUCAACGUGCCAGCUAUAACCGACGCCCUCACCCACGAACCCAACAUCAAAUUAGCAUAUUUCUGCUCCCCCGGCAAUCCCACCGGCGCGCUCCUCGCCAAAGACGACAUCAAGCAGAUUCUCAACCACCCCACAUGGAAUGGCGUCGUUGUCCUCGACGAAGCGUACAUCGAUUUCGCACCCGAAGAUGCCUCCCUCGCUGAACUCGUCGCCGAAUAUCCCAACCUAGUCGUCAUGCAGACCCUCUCCAAGGCCUUUGGCAUGGCUGGCAUUCGCCUCGGCGCGGCUUUUACGUCAGCCCCCAUUGCCCGCAUGCUAAAUAGCAUGAAGGCGCCGUAUAAUAUCGCCAGCCCAACUAGUGCUUUUGCGCAGUACGCUCUCGGUGAUAAAGGUCUCUCUGUUAUGAGGUCGAAUCGUGCCAAGAUUGUAAGCCAGCGCGAACGGUUGAUUCAGGAGUUACCUCGCAUUGAAGGUGUCGGCAGAUUGAGGGGCGGUACGGCAAGUAACUUCAUGCUGUAUGAGAUUUUGAACGCCGAUGGCAAGCCGGAUAACGCUACUGCUGUGGCAGUGUAUGAGAAGCUGGCUGAGCAAAAGGGCGUGGUGGUUCGGUUUAGAGGUAAAGAGCACGGCUGCUUGGGAUGCUUGCGAAUCACUGUUGGCACGGAGGAUGAAGUGACGAGGUUUUUGGAGUCGCUGAGAAAUACCCUGGUGGAGGUGAGAGGAUCUACUUAG